AGAGGGGAGAGAGAGAGAGAGGCACAUAUCUCCUCAAUUUUCCGUCCGUCGCUCUUUCUGCCCGCCGAAGCUGCUCUCCUUACGUCCGUCGCUUUGUCCGACCCAACCCUUCCAAAAUCUCCGUCUCUAUUCUGUUCUUCGUCGGAAACGGCCUCCCUUUCGCCUUUUUCAAGCUGAGGUCUUCAAUCCAGGAAGUUUCAGGGGAAAUUGUUGGAGCGGGUAAUGGCUGGGAGUAUGAGUGAGGAUAAUGGGGCUGGGAGGUCUUCGGAGGGACUCUCGAGCGGACAGCGGUGUCAGUCUGGUGAUUCCCUUAUGGACUGGCGGUCGUCUGAGCAGGUGGAAAAUGGCACUCCAUCCACUUCGCCUCCUUAUUGGGACACUGAUGACGAUGAUGAUGGGCCUAAACCUUCGGAGCUAUAUGGGAAAUUUACAUGGAAGAUAGAAAAUUUCUCUCAAAUUAGUAAAAGGGAACUUCGGAGCAACGCAUUCGAGGUUGGCGGGUACAAAUGGUACAUUUUAAUAUAUCCCCAAGGCUGUGAGGUCUGCAACCAUCUCUCUUUGUUUCUUUGUGUAGCUAAUCAUGACAAGCUUCUUCCAGGUUGGAGUCAUUUUGCCCAAUUUACAAUAGCUGUGGUGAAUAAAGAUCCAAAGAAAUCUAAAUACUCUGAUACAUUGCAUCGGUUCUGCAAGAAAGAACAUGAUUGGGGGUGGAAAAAGUUUAUGGAGCUGUCAAAAGUAUCAGAUGGCUUUAUUGUCUCUGACACUCUUGUUAUCAAAGCUCAAGUUCAAGUUAUUCGGGAGAAAGCAGACCGGCCUUUUCGUUGUCUUGAUUGUCAGUAUAGAAGGGAACUGGUUCGGGUAUAUUUAUCAAAUGUUGAGAAAAUCUGCAGGGGUUUUGUUGAAGAGAGAAGAGGCAAGCUUGGGACAUUGAUCGAGGACAAAGUGAGGUGGUCAAGCUUCCGUGCUUUUUGGUUAGGCAUUGACCAUAAUGCUAGGCGCCGCAUGUCGAGAGAAAAAACAGAUGCUAUCUUGAAAGUAGUUGUGAAGCAUUUUUUUAUAGAGAAGGAAGUCACAUCUACAUUGGUAAUGGAUUCUCUCUACAGUGGUCUGAAGGCUCUUGAGUACCAGAGUAAGAACAAAAAAGGGAGAGCAAAGUUAGUGGAAAUGGAUGAAAUGCCAGCCCCAAUUGUCAGUGUUGACAAAGACAUGUUUGUUUUGGCCGAUGAUGUGUUGGUACUGCUUGAGAGGGCUGCCGUUGAGCCUUUACCUCCAAAGGAUGAUAAGGGUCCUCAGAAUCGCACCAAGGAUGGAACUUCUGGAGAAGAUUUCAACAAAGACUCAAUUGAUCGUGAAGAAAGGCGGCUAACAGAGCUUGGUCGUAGGACAGUGGAAAUUUUUGUUCUAGCUCAUAUAUUCAGUAAUCGAGUUGAAGUUGCGUACCAAGAAGCUGUUGCAUUGAAGAGACAAGAAGAGCUCAUUCGUGAGGAGGAGGCAGCAGGCCUAGCUGAAAGCGAACUCAAGGCAAAGCGUGGAGCAGCUGAAAAGGAAAAGAGAACUAAGAAAAAGCAGGCUAAACAGAGGCGGAGCAGCCGCAAAGGAAAAGAUCGAGGGAGGGAAGAGAAGUUGGAUGUGAUGGUGCAAGAGAAGCACCAAGGAGAGACCCCUUCUGCUGAAAGAAGCUUGGAGGACUUCCCUCUGAAGCAGGCACAGCCCAUUCUCGAGAAUCUUGACACACCAGAAGAUGUUUCUAAUGUGUCCGACACUGGAGAUGAUGUUUCCGAAACACUUCAACCCGAUUUAGAGGAUAGAGAUGCCAGUCCUGUCAAUUGGGACACAGAUACAUCAGAGAUCCAUCCUUCCACUGAAGCUAGUUGCAGCGGGGUGAGCUGCUUGCCUGUACAAAAUGGGGGAGCAGAGAAGAAGAGCCCAUCCAUUAUGGACGACAGUUCUUCAACAUGUUCGACAGACUCGGUCCCAUCUGUUGUGAUGAAUGGGCCAUACAAAGGGAACUCCUUGCCAAACUACAAAGGUCUAACAUCACCUAGCAGAGGGAAGAAACAGCGUAACAAAGACACACACCAGCAGAAUUCUUGGGGCAAUGAUCCAUAUAAUCCGCAAUUAGAUCCAUCUAGCGAUGUGGGAGCGCUGCGUGAUGCGACUGGCAGUUGUGGUGGGGAUGAACCAGAAUCAGAGGCUUUCCUUCUCUCCUUGAAGGGUCGAAUACAGUGGCUUGAGCAACAUCUAGUUGAAAAGGAAGAAGAAGUCGUGUCACUGCAAAAAAAGCUGCAUGUCAAGGACCAGGUUGAUGUGGAUGGAUCUCCCAAGCAAAGGACAACAGAAGCGUUGCCUUCUCCCAGCAAUCCAAUGAGAAACACACCCUCCAGGUCUCAGCCAAAGCAGGCUGUUGAAACGACAGCUGCAGCUGAACCAGCUGUCAUUAGGCCAGCAUCUUCUAACAGUCCGAGCCAACCAGAGAAAGCAGUUCAUCUAAUAACAAGGUCGCCCCAAAUUCCCUCCAUCUUGAAAUCAGAUACUCAAAAACCUGCUACUCCUCCAAAGGCUACAAGUGCACCGAUCGAGAAGCCUGCAACUCAACAAGCAUCAGCUAUGUCAAGGCCAUCAAGCGCGCCCCUCAUCCCUGCUCCCAGGCCGAAUGCACCUGUCGUAUCUGUGGUUCAGACCAUGCCAUUAUUAUCGCGGUCGGUGAGUGCAGCAGGCCGUUUAGGAACCGACCCAUUGCCGGUCACGCAUAGUUACGUUCCUCAGUCAUACCGAAAUGCCAUAACGGGGAGAACUGUGGGUGCGAGUUCUGCCAGUUUUGCUUCUCGACCCUCUUCAUGUUCCACAAGUCCAUCCCCAUCUUAUUCUCAACCUCCUGUCUUGGCUUCCCCAUCAAUGCUUUCACCUCAGAGCUCUGCUAGGAAGGAUCAAGUCAGGCCGGGCUAUAAUUUUGGCAAUGUGAUGCCGGGAAUUCUGCACAGUCAGCCACAAUGGAUUGACUGCUCCCAACAGCAGACAAACGGCAUGGCAUGUGGCCCAUCACUGCUGAAUGACAUUGCAGGCCUUGACUUGUACGGUUCAGGCAGCAGCAGGUCCCGAACAUACUAUGCUAAUGAAGUGCGAGCUGGUACCUUGCCCCGCCAAUCACAGGGUACAUCAGCGGAUGAGUUCCCGCACCUUGACAUCAUCAAUUACCUACUUGAUGAGGAGCAAGGCACUGGAAAGGCGGGUGCAGCAAUCCAGGGUUCCAACGGUGGAUGCCACCACAGUUUUAACCGGCAGCUCACAUUCCCUGGCGAUGGGGGCAUGGCAGAUGUGGGCUCAUCGAUCAGUUGUUGCAGGUUUGAUCGCACAGCAAGGUAUCCUGAUGAUGGAAUUGAUAGGAUCUACGGCUCUUCUAGCAUGCCUUACAGUGGACUGAGGGUAGUCGAGCCUCAAGUCAGUCUGUCAAGCUACACAAAUGGGCAGAUGGAUGGGAUGAUGCAGAACCAGUGGGCCUUGGAAGGUGCUGAUCUUUCUUUACUCGGUAUGAGGAACCUGGAAGGUGAUGGGUACCCAUUCCAUUUGCCAGAUUACUCGAAUUUGGCAUGCGGGGUUAAUGGGUUCUCCGUAUUCAGGCCGGCAAAUGGGCACUGAAGGCCCCCCAGCUCAGAGUUCCCUUGCAAUUAAUUGUCAUCAAUUAUAAUAAUGUAUUUGAGGAAAUUAUCGGUCUCUCAGCUUUGGAGUGAGGUGUAAUCUUUGUUAAGGAAAAAAAGAACUAUUUUGUAAAGAGUGAUGAUGCCUACAUUUGCCUAUGGUCUCUGCCCCGGCAUGUUUGCUUAUCGUUUUCUUCCAAAUAGAAGACUGCUGAUAUGUUGCUGGAAUUUCCGAGCCAUCCUGCACGUCUGAGCGAAUGUGUGAUUGCCUCAAGUUGACCCAUGUUGAUGUUGUGAUGUAGAAUUUGUUGGUUCAAUCUUUGAAAUGGUGCCCAGAAAUCUAUACGGGCCAGGUUUGAUGAUUAAAUUGGAAACUGAUGUCCUUAUCUGUUGCUUUUUCUUUGAAUGAAUGGGGGUUUAUUUCUUUUA